GGCGGGCAGGUCUCACACACGCUUCGCUCCCAAGAUGGCGGCGGCGGCCUGGGGUUGCCGGAAAUGCCUUGUCAGUGGCACAAGGCUUAUGUAUGGAAGAUGCCCAGCUCCGGUACUCCCUAGUGGCAUUGUUUAUAGAAUGGGCAUGCCUGUUUUAGAGCUACAGCAGUCUAGAUAUUAUUCUUCUGGAGGCAGAAAAGGCUUUAUAUCAGGUUUUGUGGACAACAUCAAACAGGAAUUAGCAAAAAAUAAAGAGAUGAAAGAAAAUAUUAAAAAAUUCCGGGAUGAAGCUAAAAAGCUAGAAGAAUCUGAUGCGCUCCAGGAAGCAAGGAGGAAAUAUAAAACCAUUGAAUCUGAAACAGUUAAGACCUCUGAAGUGAUUAAAAAGAAGCUUGGAGAAAUAACAGGAUCAGUCAAAGAGAGUUUGGACGAAGUAAGUAAGAGUGAUAUUGGUCGGAAGAUAAAAGAAGGUAUGGAAGAAGCUGCCAAAACAGCAAAGCAGUCUGCAGAAUCAGUGACCAAAGGAGGGGAGAAACUGGGCAAGACAGCAGCAUUUAAAGCAAUCUCUGAGGGAGUAGAAACAAUGAAGAAGGAAAUAGAAGAAAGCGUUCUAGGGCAGACGGGUCCUUACAGACGUCCUGAGCGACUUAGGAAAAGAACGGAAUUUGCUGGAGAGAAGAUCAAAGAGAGAAUAUUUGAAGCUAAUGAGGAGGCGAUGGGUGUGGUGCUGCACAAGGAUUCCAAAUGGUAUCAGCAGUGGAAAGAUUUCAAAGACAACAAUGUGGUCUUCAAUAGGUUCUUUGAAAUGAAGAUGAAGUAUGAUGAAAGUGAUAACGCCUUCAUUCGGGCAUCCAGAGCUGUUACAGACAAAGUCACCGGUUUAAUAGGUGGGCUGUUCUCGAAGACAGAAAUGUCAGAGGUUUUGACAGAGAUUCUCAAAGUGGACCCAGCUUUUGACAAGGAUCAGUUUCUAAAGCAAUGUAAGAACGACAUAAUCCCCAAUGUUCUGGAGGCUAUAUCAUCUGGAGACCUGGAUGUCCUCAAAGAUUGGUGCUAUGAAGCAACUUACAGUCAGCUUGCUUAUCCAAUCCAACAAGCCAAAGCAAUGGGUCAUCUCGUCCACUCCAGAGUUAUUGACGUUAACAACAUUGAUCUUCCUAUGGGGAAGAUGAUGGAGCAGGGACCCGUAUUAAUUAUCACUUUCCAGGCUCAACUUGUUAGGGUGGUUAAAAAUCAGAAAGGAGAGGUGGUAGAAGGAGAUCCGGACCAAGUUCUGCGGUUUCUGUAUGUGUGGGCGCUUUGCAGAGACCAGGAUGAGCUCAACCCAUAUGCUGCUUGGAGGUUAUUGGACAUUUCUGCUUCAAGCACAGAGCAGGCCCUCUAA